AUGACCAAAGAGUACAAGCAGUGUAAAGGGAUCACGGCCAAAGGGAUACAAUGCAAAAUAAAUGCUCCUGAUGGAUAUUGUCAUUAUCAUAUAGGGCAGCGUGGAAAAGGGAAAAAAAUAGAUUCAAGCCCAGCGAAGGUUAGAAUCAAUGGAAACGGAAGGGAAAUAAUACAUGGAAGUCCAGUAUCACGAGGUACAAGCCCGACGAAACAGACAGAGAAAAUCGGCUACAUAUAUGUCUACACAUUAACUCGAUUAUUGAGUAACAAUGAUAAGAAUUGGUCUCUUAAAGUUAGGAACUUGCCUAACGUGUCCACUAAACACAGAGAUACCUGGAUUCCAUUUAAGUCCGAAAAAUCCCCUUACAUGCUUAUCAAAGUCGGAAUGACGACGCAAACUGUACAGCGCCGGUUGAGACAAUGGCAAGACAAAUGCCACCAUGAGUUGACGUGCUUGCAUCCACAGAAAAAGAAUGAAUCGUCUAAUAAACUUGAUCUGAUAAUUCACAGAUUUAAAGGCUUAUCCAUAAAAAAGCAGCCGGGGAAACUUCAAACAUACAACGACGACCAAUUCGGAUUUCUUUGUCCUAGGGGCGUCAAUGUAGCCGAAUCUGAGAUCCAUAAAAUGCUUAUUGCAAAGUAUGGAAGUGGAGACGUAUAUUGCACUGGAUGUAAACAAAACUCGCCAAUUGAAAACAGUUCAAAAUUGAAAACGCUUAAAGAUAGACUACACACUAAGGAUCCCUUUCAAAAUGGGUAUAAUAUUCAUAUUGAAUGGUUUUUAAUACCCAAGAAAGAUCUCGAUAGAGUUUAUCAAUUAAUAGACAUGGUAUGCUCUAAAUACUACAACUAA